UUGAAGGUUGGCACCAAACCCAAUCCAUAUGUUGGUAUUGGAUAAGGCCAUUUUGGUCCCAACCAGCCCGGACCCUCCCCUCACACAUUCCUCACUCUCACUUUUUCUCUUCUUACUUUACUUGUUUCCUUCCAUUUUCACACUCUGAUCACAACGCAAGGGUUCCUCUUCCACCUGAAUUCUCAACAUGCUUCCCAGGGGAGAGGAUUCACGCUCUUUUGGUUCAACGUCCUGGUUUGUCUAGGUUUAUGAUUCACUCAUGUUGCUCUUGUGAAAUACAAGCUAAAAUGUGUAUAUGUCUCUCUGGGUACCCCUAGUGUUUCCAUUCUUUGACAAAAGGAUAACUUUUUUGUGAAAAUUUUGGACCUUUCCCAUGUUUUUGGGGUUUCGUUAACCGGCUUAGGGGGUUAGAAGAGUAGAGGGAAGUGGCAAUGGCCUUCAACAAGGUUUAAGGAAGAGGUUGAGGAUGUCGUUUAGGAGCAUCAUCCUUGAAAGGAAGGGAUUUGAGGUUAAAUUUGGAUAUGGCAUGAGAUCCAGAUCACAGUCACAUAGUGAUGCUAUUGGGCAGGGUAGUUUGGUGGUGAUUGAUGGGUUGAAACAGAGUUGUUGGGCUAACAUGCCCCCUGAGCUUUUGAGGGAUGUUCUCAUGAGGAUAGAGGCCUCUGAAGAUUCCUGGCCUGCCCGGAAACAUGUCGUUGCCUGUGCCGGCGUUUGCCGUAGUUGGAGAGAAAUCAUGAAGGAAAUUGUCAAAUCUCCUCAAGAAUCCGGCAAGUUGACAUUCCCUAUCUCCUUGAAGCAGCCUGGUCCAAGGGACUCUCUUCUUCAGUGCUAUAUUAAACGAAAUCGCUGUAAUCAAACAUAUUAUCUGUAUCUUGGUUUGAACCAAGCCUCAACUGACGAUGGAAAGUUCCUUCUUACUGCACGCAAGUGUCGACGUGCAACUCACACUGACUAUAUCAUUUCUCUAAACUACAAUGAUGUAUCAAAAGGGAGUAGCACCUAUAUUGGGAAGUUGAGAUCAAACUUUCUGGGCACCAAAUUCACUGUGUAUGAUGCACACCCUCCAAUUUAUGGAGCAAAAGUUGCAAAGUCUCGUUCCACUAGGCUUGUCAGCCUCAAGCAAGUGUCUCCAAGAGUUCCUGCUGGAAACUAUCCCAUUGCUCAUGUCUCAUAUGAUCUGAAUGUUUUGGGCUCUAGGGGCCCUAGAAUAAUGCAAUGUGUUAUGGAUGCCAUCCCUGCAUCAGCUGUUGAACCUGGAGGUGUGGCCCCAACACAGACUCAAUUUCUUCAUAGCAGAAUUGAUAGUUCACCAUCCAUCCCUUUCUUCAGAUCAAAAUCAACCCGCAUGGAGAAUCUCCAAGCAGUACCUUUGACUUGCCAAAAUGAGGGAACGCUGGUAUUACGAAACAAGUCCCCAAGGUGGCAUGGACAACAUCAAUGCUGGUGUCUGAACUUCAAUGGACGAGUGACAGUUGCUUCAGUUAAAAAUUUCCAGCUGGUUGCUUCUCCUAAAAAUGGGGUUUCUGAGCAGGCUCAGGAAAAUGUUAUCCUACAGUUUGGAAAAGUUGGAAAGGAUGUAUUCACCAUGGAUUACCAGUAUCCAAUCUCUGCUUUUGAAGCAUUUGCAAUAUGCCUUAGCAGCUUUGACACCAAGAUUGCUUGUGAAUGAUUGCUGGCAUAGACGGGUGUUAACCAGUGAGUGAUACUACUGGUUGGAAUUGCACAUUCAUGCAGUAUUGCGGGUCAGAUACCGGCUAUAGAUUUUCUGCUUUUCUAUUUAGUCCAAUUAAGUUUCAGAAUCUUCCCUCUUCUCAUUGUAUAUAUGGUUGUUUGUGUGCGUUAUAUUUAACCAACGUGGAUUUUUAUGUUUGUUUUUUGUGUGCCAGUUUGUAGACAAACCUUGUUUUUUUCGUUGGUUUGUGAGUUUUGCCGCUGUUUUUGG